AUUUAAAUUUAUUUUAGACCACACAUUUCAAAAAAAUCCCUUUCCUUGUUAAACUUUGUAUCAAUCAAACUAACACAAUCUUUUGGGACGGAGGGAGUAAUAUUAAUGCUCAAAAAUCCCCAAAUAAAUUUAAUCUGAGCUUGUAAUAGUAGUCUUUUUGCUUAUUCCAAUUACUAUUUAUAUGCUGAAUUUAUACCAAAAUUUGUGAGACAAGUAUACUAGGUUUCUCAUGAUAUGUACUCUCUCAUUGCUAGCUCGCCACUAUCGGACCCUUAUAAGAAGUUGCGCUCAAUAUUUAUCUUUGGAUGUUGGUACGAAGCUCCACGCUUCCAUCAUCACCACUGGUCUCCAAACAUUCCCAAACACAUAUCUCCGUAAUGCUCUUCUUCAAAUGUAUGCAGCUUGCGGGUGCGCUGUCUAUGCUCGCAAGGUGUUCCAUGAAAUUCCUCUGUCAUGCAAAGACACUGUCGACUGGACAACCUUGAUGGGUUGCUAUGCACGUGGAGGGUUUCCAAGGGAUGCACUCAAGUUGUUUGCUGAAAUGCGGAGGAGUGAUGUUUUGAUUGAUGAGUUUGCGAUGGUUACUGUAUUCCUCGCGAGCGCGAAACUGGGAUGUGAAGAGUUUGGGGUUCAGGGUCAUGGUUGUAUGGUUAAAAUGGGGUUUAAUUCGAGUGUUAAAGCGUGUAAUGCUGUUAUGGAUAUGUAUGUGAAAUGCGGCUUAAUUGAUGAAACAAGAAGGGUUUUUAAUGAGAUGGAAGAAAAGAGUCUUGUUUCUUGGACGGUGCUUUUGGGUGGAGUGGUGAAGUGGGAAGGUUUUGAAAAUGCGAGGUUGUUGUUUGAUCAGAUGGUUGAGAGGAAUAAAGUGGCGUGGACGAUAAUGAUUACAGCGUAUAUUGAGAACGGUUUAACGAAGGAAGCUUUUGGGCUUCUACGUGGAAUGGUGUUUGAAUGUGGAUUUGAGUUGAAUUUCGUGACGUUUUGUUCGUGGUUAUCAGCUUGUGCACAGUCGGGAAAUGUGAUGGUGGGUAAAUGGGUACACGUGUAUGCUUUGAAGAUGAUGAAACAUGAAAUGGAUAUAAUGGUGGCGACAGCGUUGAUUAAUAUGUAUGCUAAAUGUGGCAGGAUUGAUGAUGCGUUUCGAGUUUUCAAGGUGAUGCCUCGAAAGAACGUGAUUACAUGGAAUGCCAUGCUAAGUGGAAUGGCAAUGCAGGGAAAGGGAGAUAUGGUAUUGGAUUUGUUUGCUCAGAUGAUUAGAGAGGUCAAACCGGACGAUGUAACGUUUACAGCUGUAUUAAGUGCUUGCAGUCACUCAGGUUUGGUUGAUCAAGGUCGGCAUUUUUUCUAUAGCCUUGAAUCGACAUAUGGAAUAAAGCCUUCUGUAGAGCACUAUUCUUGCGUUGUGGAUCUUUUGGGUCGGGCAGGACAUCUUGAAGAAGCAGAGUCCAUAAUCAGGGGAAUGGCAAUUCCCCCCAAUGAAGUUGUGUUGGGAUCACUAUUAGGGUCCUGCAGUGUCCAUAAGAACCUCAAGCUAGGGGAAUGCCUAAUGAAAGAGCUGGUCCAAAUGUAUCCUAAUAAUACCGAAUAUCAUGUCUUGCUUUCGAAUAUGUACUCUUUAGCUGGAAAAGAUGACAAGGCAAAUUCUAUCCGAGUAGCUCUUAGAAGCAGAGGCGUCAGAAAAGUGCCUGGUAUGAGUUCGAUUUAUGUUGGUGGUCAAAUCCAUCGCUUCAGUGCAGGGGAUAAAUUGCAUCUGCAAAGUCAAGAGAUAUAUACGAUGUUGGAUGAGAUGAUUCAAAAAAUAAGAGUGGCUGGUUAUGUACCAGACACAGCCUGCCAAAAGUUUUCAGGAUUGGACUUUGGCCAGGAGGAGAAGGAACAGGCGUUGUUCUCUCACAGCGAGAAGCUGGCUGUUUGUUUUGGGCUCAUAAGCACACAAGCUGGCACGCCUCUUUACAUUUUCAAGAAUUUAAGGAUAUGCCAAGAUUGUCAUUCAGCCAUGAAGAUCGUUUCCAAAGUAUAUAAUAGAGAAAUUGUAAUAAGAGAUCGUAGUCGCUUUCACUGUUUCAAGCUAGGUUCAUGCUCUUGUUCUGACUUUUGGUGACAAAGCCACAGUGCUAAAUGAAAGAGAAAAAUCUAUGAAGUUUGGUUGAAGAGCCCAAACUGCUAACAGAAUCUUCCUUGGCCUUUCACUUGUCCUAGCACCCAGCAGCAGAUGCUUUUGUUGAAAUCCAAAUCAAAGACUGUACUGCUGUUGAAGAAGCUGGGAUACGAACUCGCGGAGAAGCUAAAGAGGCUCUUCGCACAGUUCUCCUUAAUUUAGUUGUAGCUUUACCCUGUGAUUUCCAUUUACUACAGUUGCUGGGCACCUCUCCUCAUUCUUCACUUCUUUGAAGUUUUGAGGAAUGCUGAAAGCGAAAUUAAGCUUAUCAUCAAUGAAAAAGAUAGCGUAGAUGGGUAUUUGUGCACCAGAGAAAAGGUAACAGAAUCUUCCUUGACCUUCACUCAUUCUAGCACCCCGCAGUAGAUGUUUUUUUCGGAAAUCGACACCAAAGACUGUACUGAUGUUGAAGACGCUGGGGAACGAACUCACAGAAGAAGCUAAAGAAGUUCUUCACACAGUUCUCAUUAAUUAAGUUGAAUUUUUACCCUGUGAUUUCCAUUUACUACUGAUGCUGGGAACCUCUCUUCGUUCUUCACUUCUUUCAAGUUCUGAGGAAUGCAGAAUGUGAAAUUAUGCUUAUCAUUAAUAAAAAAAGAUAGCUUAGAUCUUUGCCUGUUUUUGUAUUCAUUGAACUCAUUUUGGUUUGUGAUCUCAUAAAUCAGCUGCAGACAUGAUUUUUUUCGGAAAAAAAAAAAGAAAGAAAGAAGGAAAAGAAAAGAGAAAAAAAAGGGAUCAGUUCCAGACGAGACUGAUGACAUUUGAUUCAUGUCCCAAGCAGGGGCGGAUUUAGAGGGUGCCGAGGGUGUUCACCCCAAGACCCUCGGCAAAAAAUUUCAGUGUAUAUAUAUGCAGAUUUUUUUGUGUUUAUGUACAAAUAUUAGCUUUUGAAUACCCUGAACAAAUCCAAAAUGUUAGCUCAAGUGAUCCAGGAUGUUCAAAAUUAUCUCUA